AUGUACACCGGACUGUUGUCCUUGUAUGCGCUCGUCGCAGCCUCCGCUGUCGUCGCCCAGGAUCCGCCAUACCUAAUCGGCCUAGGUAUCGGCGAUGUUACUGGGCCUGUCGUUGAGACGAACAUGAUGGGAUACGCCAACUUGCCGCAGACGGACACCGGGCUUCACAUGCGCCAAAGGAGCAGAGCGUUCAUCAUAGCAGACGCGUCCAACUCGUCCAACCGAGUUGUUUUUAUCAACUCUGACAUAUGCAUGGGCGACACCGGCGUCCGCCGCUCGAUCGUGCAGCAGCUCUCAGCAAUGUACCCUGGCAUCUACCACAACGACAACAUCGCUCUCGAGGGCACCCACCAGCACUCGGGCGUCGGCGGCUACCUCGAGGACCUCCUCCCGCAGCUCACCGCUCUCGGAUACGUGAAUGAGUCCGCACAGGCGAUUAUCGACGGCUCGGUGCGCGCCGUGCAGAUCGCACACGAGAAUCUCGAGCCUGGUUAUAUUAGUCUCGGCAACACGACUCUCUUGAACACGAACAGGAACCGCAGCCCGACGGCCUACCUUGCGAAUCCGGCAGAGGAGCGCGCGAAGUAUCAGUACGACCAAGACAAGGACAUGACCCUUCUCAGGUUUGACGACUCGAAUGGCAACGCGAGGGGUUUCUUGAGUUUCUUCGCGGUUCAUGGCACGAGUAUCUACGAGAACAACACAUUGAUUAGCUCCGACAACAAGGGUUAUGCCGCCUAUCUCUACGAGAGUAUGGUGGAACCUGAUUCGCUCCCUGGCAACGUCUCGUUCAUCGCCGGCUUCUCUAACGCGAACGUUGGAGAUACCAGCCCGAACACCCUCGGAGCGUACUGCGAAAGCCCAGGCGAAUCUUGGGAUGGCCAGCCUUGCGAGGCCGAGCACUCCACCUGCGGCAACAAGACUGAGGACUGCCACGGGCGCGGCCCCGCAUUCACGGAAUCCCCGUACGGUUUUGCUUCGAACGCGCUGAUCGGACAGUACCAGUUCGAGGGCGCGCAGACCAUCAUGAACGGCGCACGCGCGAACGUAAGCGGGCCUGUGCGCUGGGUGCACACGUAUCUCGACAUGGCGAACCAUACGUUUACGCUUCCGAAUGGGACCCAGGCGAAGACCUGCCCUGCUGCCAUGGGCUACUCCUUUGCUGGUGGUACUACUGACGGUCCCGGAGCCUUCGACUUCAUUCAGGGUGAUAACUCUUCGCAAUCGCAAAACCCUUUCUGGCAGAUCGUCAAGGGCGCCGUUACACCUUACCCUUCCCAAGCACAGAUUGACUGCCAGUACCCCAAGCCGAUUCUGCUAAACACCGGCUACGCUCACUUCCCAUACGAAUGGUCCCCCAGCACAGUGGACAUUCAAAUGCUCCGCGUUGGCCAGUUCGUCGUGUUGAUGAUGCCCGGGGAACUGACGACCAUGUCCGGCCGUCGUAUCCGCGAGUCUGUGCGCUCCCAGUUGAUCUCGCAGGGUGUGCUCGGCGACGAUGCUUACGUCGUCGUGGCUGGUCCCGCAAACACAUAUUCGCAUUACAUCGCGACUCCGGAGGAGUACGACGUGCAGCGUUAUGAGGGUGCUUCGACGAUCUAUGGGCGCUCGACUUUGGACGCGUACAUCGACAAGUACGGGAGUCUGGUCGGAUAUCUUGCGGAGAACGCUACCGGGACUACCCCUCCUUCGGACCCUGCUCCUCCUGAGCAAACCUCCAAGGCGAUUUCCCUCCGGACCGGUGUCAUCGUCGAUAAUGCUCCCAUCGGCAAAAAGUUUGGUGAUGUUACCACUGAUGUGAACACCACCUCGUCGUACAGCGCCGGCCAGAUCGUCUCUGCUACAUUCGUGGGCGCGAACCCAAGGAACAACCUCCGUCUCGAAGGGACGUUCCUGACCGUAGACCAGCAGACGAACGGCGGGUGGAAUACAUACAGGACCGACUCGCACCCAUCGACCACGUACGAGUGGGUGCAGACUAAUGUCGUACUGGGUUAUAGCGCUGUUACGGUGAACUGGACUAUCGAGUCGGGGACGCCUUCCGGGACGUAUCGCUUCACGUACUACGGCGACUCCAAGUCAAUCACCGGGAAAAUAUCCGCUUUCACGGGCACGAGCUCCAGCUUCACUAUCAACUAG